AGUUCUCUGGUUCGCAGUCCGGUAAAGUCAGGAAAAGGCGACAAACGUCAGUGACGGAAUAUUUGUACGUGUAAUUGCGCGCUUUAGAUUUAUCGCUUUCUUUGCUGCAAAUUGCAAUCUAUUUCUGAUCGUGAAAUUCUAAAUACUACUUAAAAUUCAAUUAUCUAGCAACAGCCCAAAACUAAGGUAAAAGUGCUGGGUGAAGAGCAAUUAGAAGCAAAGUUGGUGUUUGCAGCGCGUAAGUGGUGUGAGAAAAGGCGCCGAAAAGUGUCGUCUAAGCAGACAAUUUCUAUUGCAAAUAUAUACCAAAAUACAUAUAUAUAAAGAUUUAAAACACGUGUCUACAUAUUUGCGAAAUUACAGUUUUUGCAAAGAGUGUGUUUGUGUGUGCCCAAAAAUAAGUUAUAUCAAAAUAAAAAAAGUGAAAAAGAGACAUCGUUGUAGCAGUUCGCACAAAAAUUUUAAACAUUUCGUUCCACAAAAAUGUCUGUACCCGUUGCAAUCAAGACAGAGGAAGUCAUUUUGGAGAGCACCGAAUACAACAGCGCAGAGGAAUUGGACGAGGAACUACAAUUACAAUUAGAAGAUUCCGGAGGUGAAUACAUUCAGUACCAGGCGGAGCCGCAACUGCCACAGCGUCAGCGUCACUCUAGUUCCGGGAUGAAUUCGAGUAAUGCAACGACAAAAAGUGGUAGUGGUGGCAUCACAGCUAGCAGCAACGUUACCAAUAACGGCGGCAAUAAAAAUCUUCUGGAGAGUGAGAAACGUAUGCGGCGCGAAAUCGCCAACAGCAACGAAAGACGACGAAUGCAGAGUAUCAAUGCCGGUUUUCAGAAUUUACGUUCGCUCCUACCGCGCCACGAAGGCGACAAGUUGAGUAAG